AAAAAAAAAAAAAACAGAGUUGCACUUAUCGGUAGAGGAUUUCGGUGGAAAUCCUCUGUGUACGUAGCGUGAUCCUUCGACUAAUCAUUCUUGCUCCUCGAUUUCACGGUCACUCCCUCGCGCAAUAGAUUGUUAGGUCCAAACCUUUCGCUGACAGAUUUCUGAAUCUACUUACACCACUCCCAUGGGCUCCAAGAGGAUCGACUACGGUGACGGUGCCAGCCCUGGUAAAAUCUUCAUUGGAGGCCUAGCCAAGGACACUAGCUACGAAACCUUUGUGAGCUACUUUGAAAAGUAUGGGACAAUAACCGACUCAGUGAUCAUGAAAGACCGGCACACACAUCGACCCAGGGGAUUCGGUUUCAUAACCUAUGAGGAUCCUUCUGUUGUCGACCAGGUUAUCCAAGAUGAUCAUAUUAUCAAUGGCAAGCAGGUCGAGAUAAAGAGAACCGUUCCUAAAGGUUGUGCAGAAGUUCAUGAUUUUAAAACAAAGAAAAUUUUUGUUGGCGGGAUUCCAACGACGGUCACUGAAGAUGAGUUCAAGAAUUUCUUCUCAAAGCACGGAAAGGUGGUGGAACAUGAGAUUAUACGUGAUCAUGUGACUAAACGCUCUCGAGGAUUUGGAUUUGUUGUAUUUGACAGUGAAAAAGUUGUUGAUCAUUUGCUGGCAAGUGGCAAUAUGAUUGAUAUGGCGGGUACAACGGUUGAGAUCAAGAAGGCUGAACCAAAGAAAGCCUCAAACCCGGCUCCUGUUCCUGCUUUUGGUAGUGAAUCUAGGGUUCAUUCAUACAAUGAUGAUUUUGGUGGAUUUGGCGACUCCUAUAGUGGUUUUGGAAGUGGUGGUUUUGCCCCUGCUUCUUAUAGGUCACUUGGCAGUUUUGGUGGUGGUAGAUUUGGUGAUUAUGGUGGAUAUGGUGGUGGCAAUGAUUAUUGCGGUGGUUAUGGGGGUUUUGGCAGUGGGGGUUUUGCUGGUUAUCGAGGAGAGUCAUCAUAUGGCUAUUCUAGUCGCUUUGGUUCCUAUAUGGGAGCCCUUGGUGGGGGGUAUGCUGGGAGUGGGUUAGGUGCAUAUGGACGUGGAGGUGGGGGCUAUGACAGCUAUGGUGGUUCAGGCUCCCCUGUUCCUGGUUAUGGAGGACCAGGAGUCUUGUAUGGUGGUAGGGCAGGCUAUGGUGGCAGUAGUCGUUACCAUCCUUAUGCAAGGUAGAUCUUGCUUAAUAGAAGUUGCUUGCAGGUUUCCUUAUCUUCAGCAAAUGCUUUUUUGUGAUUUCAUAGACACAAGGCACUUACUGCAAGAGCCACUAUCUAUAAGCUCAGAUGAACAACUAGUUUGUUCGUGUUCAUGCUUUGGCUUAGACAAGUGAAGUUAGAUUGGCAUAUCUAGAGUUUUUUGCUAAUGAUUGAAAUGUGAUUAUAGAUAGGCAUCUAGCUUGUGGUCUAUAUAUACGGUUGCCAGUUUGUUGAGUUAGACUUUCGUCUUGUUAUGAGAUAUUAAUUGGUUAGAAUCAAUGUGGAAUUGAGAAUGCAUUAUAGGUAAGUAUACUGGAUGCUUAUUUGACA